GAUAUUGACUUCCUGUAAACACAAGCAUGGCGGUCGAAAUAGAGUCAGCAGAUGUUGUGCGUUUGAUUGAGCAGUACCUGAAGGAGAACAACUUGUUAAGGACAUUGUCUGUUCUUCAAGAGGAGAGUGGAAUCUCCCUCAACACCGUCGAUUCUGUGGAUGGAUUCGUCUCGGACAUCAACAGCGGUCACUGGGAUACUGUGCUACAGGCCAUACAGACACUCAAACUCCCCGACCAGAAGCUCAUCGAUCUGUACGAACAGAUUGUGCUGGAGUUGAUAGAGUUGAGAGAAUUGGGUGCAGCCAGGUCCUUACUUAGACAAACAGAUCCCAUGAUCAUGAUGAAACAGAACCAACCGGACCGAUACAUCCAUCUGGAGAACAUGCUGGCUCGAUCCUAUUUUGAUCCCAGAGAGGCGUACCAAGAAGGCCAGACGAAAGAAAGAAGAAGAAACGCCAUAGCAACAGCCUUGGCUGGAGAGGUUAACGUGGUGCCUCCCUCACGUCUGCUGGCUCUGCUCGGACAAUCUCUCAAAUGGCAGCAGCACCAAGGGCUCCUUCCCCCAGGAACAACAAUUGAUGUGUUCCGAGGAAAAGCUGCAGUGAAGGAACAGGAGGAGGAGAAGUUUCCCACACAGCUCAGUAAGACCAUCAAGUUUGGACAGAAGGCCCAUAUAGAGUGUGCCCGUUUCUCGCCCGACGGUCAGUACCUGGUCACUGGGUCAGUGGAUGGAUUUGUUGAGGUCUGGAACUUCACCACCGGAAAAAUCAGGAAAGAUCUGCGGUACCAAGCCCAGGACAACUUUAUGAUGAUGGACGAUGCUGUGUUGUGUAUGACGUUCAGUCGGGACUCAGAAAUGAUGGCAACGGGAGCACAGGACGGCAAAAUUAAGGUGUGGAAGAUAAUGACUGGCCAGUGUUUGCGGAGAUUUGAGCGUGCCCACAGUAAGGGGAUCACUUGUGUGAGCUUCUCUAAGGAUAACAGUCAGCUGCUUAGUGCCUCCUUCGACCAGACCAUCAGAAUCAACGGUUUAAAGUCAGGGAAAACGUUGAAGGAGUUCAGAGGUCACACCUCCUUUGUCAACGAUGCUGUGUUUACUGCCGACGGUCAUCACGUUAUCAGUGCAAGUUCUGACGGCACAGUGAAGGUGUGGAAUGUGAAGACGACAGAGUGUCAGAACACGUUUAAACCCCUCGGGGGCACGGGGACUGACAUCACCGUACACAGUAUACAUCUCCUACCCAGGAUGGCCGAACAGUUUGUUGUUUGUAACAGGUCCAACACAGUCGUCAUCAUGAACAUGCAGGGACAGAUUGUGAGAAGUUUCUCCAGCGGUAAGCGAGACGGAGGAGAUUUUGUGUGUGCCACUGUAUCACCGCGAGGAGAAUGGAUCUACUGUACGGGAGAGGAUAUGGUGCUUUAUUGUUUCAGUGUAACCACAGGCAAGCUAGAGAGGACGCUGACGGUACACGAAAAAGAUGUAAUAGGCAUAGCACAUCACCCACAUCAGAAUUUAAUAGGAACCUACUCCGAGGACGGACUUUUGAAACUCUGGAAACCCUGAUCUCUACAGUUCAUUAGACUUACAUUGGACUCUUCAUUCUGUCAUCAGUGAAAGCAUUGACUUCCUCAUCGAUACUGUUAACCCUGGCCCUGAAUCCGUUCUCAUGCUCAAGCAUCGAUACUGUUAAUCCUGGCCCUGAAUCCGUUCUCAUGCUCAAGCAUCGAUACUGUUAAUCCUGGCCCUGAAACCGUUCUCAUGCUCAAGCAUGGAGUCCGUGCUCAACCAAACAUUCUUGUAACUCGCUAAAAUCAUGCAACACAAAAAAAUAGUGAUGUCUGAAAAUUUUACCCGGUAUCUGGGUUGAAGACUCUCCAAAAUUCUUCUAAAUCAUAGACCACAAUAUGAAGUUUUGUCUAUUUUUCAGAGUUUGAGCAUGAGAAUGGUUACUUGGAUACGGACCCAGGUCUGUUGGAGAGAACUUGGAGAAAAUGAGAUUGACACGUUGUCAAGAAAAUUAUUGUGAGGAACUUAAUGAAAGUAAGAGUGAUUUAUUUUCAUACUCAUCAAAAACUCGGCUGUCUGUGAAACUGAAGAAUAUGAAAACGAUUUGUGGGAUAUUCAAGAAAUAUGCUAUCUACAGGAUUCGGGAAGAGGAGUGGGUGAGCACAGGGACGCUUUUUGGUUCAAAAUUAUAAUAAUUUAAUUUACUUGAUGUUGAUGGGUGCCGUUUCACGAUGCGUAUAUAACUUAUUUACGUGUACUCGUAACUUACAUGUGCCUCGUGAAACAGACCAAAAUACUUUCGUACGGUAUUAGCAAAAUACAAAAAUUGUUGUUAUCAAAUAUCUGGUGUGUCAAGUUUGUGACUCGGCAAAGACCGAUUGAUUCCAAUCAGAACACCACAAUGAUGUGUGAAAGAUUACAAUAUCAUGGUAAUAUUUAAUCGGCAAAAGAUAAUUCACUUUGAAAAUAAUGUAUUUUUAAAAUCUACUCAAGAGCUGUAAGUGUUUGUGUGUUUUUUAUAACAGGAUCUAACAUCAGUGUCAUUUUAAUGUUUAUGCCUAUAUGUAAUAACUAUUCAAUAAAUUUGUUCAAAGUUUA